CGACUCCCCAUUUAUUCUAUAUAUAUAUAUGAGAGAGAGUUGGGGGUACCUGUGGGGGUAUUUCGGGGUGCCCCUGCCCCGGUGCAUUAUGGACUGUGUCCGGAUGCUGAAUGUGCAGCGCUUGCUGGAGGCGGCCGAAUACCUGGAGAGAAGGGAGAGAGAGUGUGAGCAUGGCUAUGCCUCGACCUUCCCGUCUCCGGAGAGUUUGGACCCACAGGGAUUAAAACAGAGAAGGAUCAAGUCAAAGAGAUGCAGUGGCCUCGGCAUUAGCAGAUCAACGCACAAUGAACUGGAGAAGAACCGGAGAGCCCACUUGCGCCUGUGUUUGGAGCGGUUAAAGGACCUGAUACCCCUGGAGUCGGACGCCGCGCGGCACACAACCCUCGGGCUGCUCAAUAAGGCCAAGCUCCAUAUCAAGAAACUGGAAGAUACGUCCCGGCGCGGGCAGCACCAGCUGGAGGUUCUAGAGCGGGAGCAGCGGUUCCUGAAGAGAAGACUGGAGCAGCUCCAGGGCGGCACGGAACCAGAGAGAGUGCGGUCAGACAGUAUCGGAUCCCACGCUUCCACCGACCCAUCCGACUCUGAGAGAGAGGAGAUUGAAGUGGACGUUGAGAGCACAGAAUUGUCCCAGCUGGAGGUGGGCAGUACCGGUACCAGCAGCGCCAGUAUCAGUGACCUGGACGACCAGAGCAGCAUGCAGAGCCUGGGCAGCGACGAGGGCUACUCCAGCGCCAGCAUCAAGUUGUGCUUUACCUCCUAGAGCCCAGCGGGGCACGUAUUGGGGGGCACAAAUGGCAGCUCAGCAGGACUCCUGAAUAUCUGGGACCAAAAGCUCCCGUACCCCCCCCCCCCAAGCACAGGUCCCUUACUGGGGGUGACACAGCUGCUACAGCGCCGGGGGGUUCUGCGCUGGGGAAGAUCCGGACCUCGGUUGGAAGGUACCGGCCCAUAUGUUUGUGUUGCUGCUAAAGAAUAAGAAACCAUCGACCCAUCCUCUUGUCUCUGCAAUGUGAAGAGCCUGGUUCUGCCCCUCAGGCCCAACCCACGAGUGGCAGCUAAACCAAAAUGGCUUCCACGCUCUGUGGACCAAUCACAAGCCUCCCUUGAACUGUGUCUUUAUACAGAUUCGUUUGUCCCUGGGAUCUUAUUGGGUUCCUUCAGGUUCCGAUCUAACUGGGUGGAUCUCUAAGCUGGGCCGUCCCAUCAUGCAGCUCUUUGGGGCAUGCUGGGGGCUGUAGUCCGGUGGCAGUAAAUGCACAAAUACCCCCACGGCUGCUAAUCCUUCCGGAUGGACUUCCAGAACCCGGGGCGCGGCGGUUCUUCCGGGUCUCCCCGUAGCACUCCCUUAAAUUAUUUUUGCAGAUAAAAGAGAAUAUUUUUAAUGUGAGAAGAUGGAAUAAUAUAUAAGUAGUGACAUCACGAUGACAUCACCGCGGUGACAAUUGGUGCCUUGGAUCCCCGUUUCCUUUCUUCUUUGUGUUUAAUUUAUUGUUUUCUUGGUCAUGUGAUACAGUGGCUCCACCCUCUGCCUUCCCAGAAUCCCCUGCCCUGCGUUACUGGCGGGCAGGCUUGGGACACAAAGCCCUACACUAUGAAAGGGAGCAUUGAGUUGCAAGGCUCCGCCCCUCACUAGGUGCAGUAAGUGGGCGGGCCCCUCAGGUGUACUUACCUGGCCACGUACGUGGGACUGUCUUCUAGACAAGUUUAUGUUCAACUUUGUAAGUUGUCUAAUGGUCGGUGCGUUCCGCUGCCCCCUACGGGGCAGUGAGAGCAGUUUUUACUCUGUGGGGGCGGGGCACAGCUUGCCCCUCCCAGCUUGUACUAUUAGAGCUUUGCCAUCCAAUGGGCAUCCAAGGCUGGACGCACACCGGUGCCUCUGCGCAGGCGCGGUGAUUGGUUAUUUCCUCUGUGGCCCCUGCCUCCCCCAUAAACCCUUUCCAACCCAGAGUGGGGGUGAUUAGAGUUUGCCCCCAUUAACUAUUCCCCAGCUCAAGCAGCAAGACUCGGAGGGGGCGGGGCAUCUUGCGGCUAAAGGGCAAGUCAAAACAUGUAAUUCCCUGUCUGUGCAGGGGCAGUGACACCCAUGGGUGGGUGCAGCACCCUCUAGUGCUCGUGCCUGGAUUCUGCUACUAAACUCUAUGGCAGCUCCGGCAGGAAGGGUACAUUCUGGGUAAGGUAUCGCCCCAUUUCCUGGGGCCCAUAGGCCUCACUUUCUGCUUAAGGGCAAAUCUAAAGGGGACAUUCCACUAAAGGGGAAGUUCACCCAAAACAUUGCUUUUUUUCAUAUUGAAAGCCAAUGUAACUGUAAUAAAGGUGCAUUCACCUGUGCGACGUCCGGGGCCCCCGGGUAUCUGGGGGGAUGGCACACAGUGUGGCAGAGCUGCUGUGGCACGGGCCAAUCAUCUGGCACGAACACCUAGAGUGCCCGGCUGCUGCACUGUUUGUUUGGGUGGAGUUCCCCUUUAAUCUGUUACAAACCACAUCCCAGAAUCCUCGGCUCCCCCUGAUAGAGCUGCUGGGAUGGUAUUUCCCCAGGUGGCUUCUGGGAACUGUAGUCCAAUUAUAGAUAGGGACACAGGCUGGCAGCUAUAAACUCCGCCUCCACAUCCUAAUCCAACUCACAGGCAUUAUGUGACUCCGCCUUAUCUACUUAAUUAUGAAACUAAUUUAAUUCUGACACUAAAUUAUUAUUAUUAUUAUUAUUGCUGAAUUCACUAUUUUAUUUGGUUCUGUAGUUAUUUCUGUAUCGGGCCGCCCGGCACCACUAAUAAAGUGAUCCAGAAAAAUUG